AUGGUGUCGGCUUUCUCCACAGUAAAAACAAAAACAAAAACAACAAACAAAAAAAAAAGUAUUAUUGAUAUAUCUAGUAAAAGCUCAACCUAUGCAUUCCCUUUCCCCGGCGCAGCUAACACUCCUUUUUAUUCCUGCAGGGGCAAGUUCGCUGCCGUGCGUCGCGCCCGCCACCGCGCCACGGGCCAGGUGUACGCCGCCAAGUACGUGCGGCGGCGGCGUCUGGAGGGCGAGGCGCGGCACGAGGUGGCGGUACUGCUUCUGGGCCUGCGGGACCCCCACAUCGUGCGCCUCUACCAGGUCUACCAGACACGCACCGAGUACAUCAUCCUGCUCGAGUUUGCCGUGGGCGGGGACCUUCAGCGUCUCCUGGAUGAGGCCGUGUCGCUCCCUGAGGCCGAGGUGAGGGUGCUCCUGAGGCAAGUUCUCCGCGGACUGUCGUUCCUCCACGCCCACAACCUGGCCCAUCUAGACAUUAAGCCGCAGAACCUGGUGAUGAUGGGCGACUCUCCGGAAGCUGGCGUCAAGCUGGUCGACUUUGGCCUGUCACGCGUCAUCUCCCAAGGCACGGAAAUCACUCAGAUCAUGGGCACGCCAGACUAUGUGGCGCCUGAGGUCAUCAACUUUGAGCCCAUCAGCUUAGCGACCGACAUGUGGUCGGUGGGAGUGCUGACGUAUGUGUUCUUGACGGGCUGCACACCCUUCGGGGGCGACACAGACCAGGAGACCUUUGUCAGCAUCACGCAGGCCGAGGUGGACUUCCCCGAUGAGCUGUUUACAGACAUUUCCGAGGAUGCGAAGGACUUCAUCUGUAGCCUUCUUGUCAAAAAACCGAGUGACAGAAUGACAGUAGAUGAUUGUCUGAACCACCCUUGGAUGACCACACCACUCCCCAUCUGCCCUGCCAUCAUCGGCGAGUCCCUGGAGGAUGUGGAGGAGGAGGAGACCACAGACUACGGCCAAGUGUACGACCCCCACACCUACAGCUCCUCCUUCCCACCCUCCACGGAGCACCUCUACCCACUCCCAGAGACAGACCACGGCGACUCGGCCUACUCCAGCGACUCCAGCAGCAGCCCAACGUUCACUGAUGGGUACAGCAGCCUGGUCGUGCCUCCGCUGUGCCACUCCACCAUCCCGGAGGAGCAGCACCAGCAGAAGCAGACACAGAAGCAGGCAAGCACCACCGUUGUUGUCCCAUCAAGCAGACGGAGGAGGAGUAAAGGCCAGCACUUGAGUGUGGACAUGGAGGAGACGCUGCGCUCCCUCCACCACCAGCAGCCCAACCGAGCCCUCCGACGCACAUCCCUGGUGCUGGAUGAUGCGCGGUACAUCCAGGACCCAGCACAGCAGUUUCAUGACAUCCUGCGGCCCUUGGCAGAGUCUCAGCGGCCCAUGGUGGAGGAGGGAGGAGUAAGGGACUCCGAUGUGGACAGUGGUGUGUCCUGCCAUGACUGUGAGGAGUCCAGAGUUGAAAAUCAGCGACUGUGUCAUUCUGACUCUUAUGACGGAGGUGAUGCUGCCAGUGUGAUGUCCUGGGAUGACUAUGCUGACAUCAGUGGUGGCCGCCGACCCUCCCUGACUCAGUAUGACCCCGCGAUGCUCUGCUCCGCGGUGGCCAAGCCGUGGGAGAAGCUGUGUAAUGGCUCUGUGUCCCGGGCCAUGACGCAGCUGACCGUCAGGAAGGUGGCACCGAGCCCGGCAGAGAACUGCAACGCCGACUUCCAUGGGUCAAAAGGGGACCUAAGGGACUGCAGAAACAACCUCCACUCAUCCAAGUCUGACCUCAGGAUGUCCAAGGCUGAGAUGAGGGCCAGCAAGUCAGAUCUCAGGGCCUUGAUGAAGUCUGAACUAAGGUCCUCAAAGGCUGACCUCAGAGCCUCAAAGUCUGACCUCAGAGCCUCCAAACAAGACCUGCGUGGCUCAAGACAAGACCUCCGGGCGUCCAAGCCAGACCUCCGAGCCUCCAGGUCUGACUUGCGUGCCUCAAAAUCUGACCUUCGGGCUUCCAAGUCUGACCUCAGGGCCUCAAAAUCUGACCUUAGAUCCUCAAAAAGUGACCUCAGGGCCUCCAAAACAGACCUGCGGGUGCUACAGAGGUCCAAUCUCACCCUCUCUAGGCUGGACCUGGCACACGAGACCCUGGAUGACAAGUGUCUGCGGGAGGAUGAGGGAGAAGACAUAAUCCGCUGUGAUCUUACUCUUCCAAGGCGCAAGAACCUCAACCGCGCCGACCUGGCUCCCUUCAUGCGUGGGAACUCUCUCCAUAUGAGCUUUCGUGUGCCCAAGCGAAGGGACAUGCAAAUUUGAUGACACCCAAAGCCUAUCACCGUUCUAUAUAAUGUACUUAACCUACAAUGAUGCUAAUAUGUUCUAGUCAUAACUUAUAUAGGAUGAGAGGUGCAUAGAAAACGUACAUUUGAUUUUGAACACACAAAACGAAACCCCUGCAAAAAGUAUCAUUCACAGGCACUUGGAAAACAAACGAAAGCAAUGAUGUUGGUAAUGAUAUGUUGAUUGUUGAAUAUUUCUUAUAAAACAAACAAAAUACAACCAAAUAUGGAGUAAUGUAGGUGAUGUACUUGAGUCCAAAGGAAUAGUCACCAAAGGCCACGACUAAAGUUACUACUACUAAUGUAUUUAUUAGAACACAAGACCCACACACACUAAGAGAGAGAGAGAGGGAGGGAGAGAGCCCCGCCUUGGGAAACACACUCAGGCUGCUGCUGGAAAUGCUGUUACUGUUGCUGUUGCUGCUGACACAUUCGCUGCAGCCGCUGUUCCUGCUGUGAUGGACCCCCAGCCCUCCGAGUGGACACUUUUACGUUUACUGAAAAAUGACCUGAAGAGACACUGACAGAAGAGGUGCAGAGUUGAAAUGUCCUAAUGCCUUGUUGCUUGUGUUGUCGCUGGAGUUGCCGAGUGUAGUGAACGCAGGAUUGAUGGGGCGCUGUGAUCUUGUGGGUUAGAACGUCAGGGUGAGGAGGUUCAAUCCCAAGUGACGUCAUGAAGGGCAUCCAAUCCUAAACCCUGAUCCACAACCCCAAGACAGCGACCUGACAUGAGGAGGUGUACAGUGAAGGGAGCAUCGCUGGGUCCGAGUGUUCAAAGUACAGUGCUGAGGGUGGUGUUGUAAAUGGCUUGAGUAUCGUAAAUAUUGUAAAUGCCUCCCCGUUUGCCUGCGUUAGCUGCUGGAUUAAUGAUGAUGAGUAUUGCAAGUGUUGUGUUGAUGCGAGUGUGAGUGGGUGAGUGGUGGAAAUAUGGUGUUGGUGGUGGUGUUGAUAAAAAGUUGGGUGAUCAUUGGCAAAUAUUGUGGAUGGUCAUAGAGAGUGUGUUGAUAAAUAGGUUUUUGGGUGUCAGGAAAUAUUGUAAAUGGCUUGUUAGGUGUCAGUGUGUUGUAAAUGGCUUGUGUUUUUGUUUUGAUUGAAAAAUAGUGAAACUCCUCAAUACUUCCAUGACUUGAAAACUCGAACGAGGAAAUUGUGUUCAGUGUUAUUAUUGUUUCCAUAUUUUUAACUUUCUUGGUCAUGUAAGAAAUUAUUGGUUAGUAUUUCUAUGUGCUACUUUACCUCAUUUAUCUCAGUCUGAAAUAAGUCUAUCACCACCACCACCACCACCAUCACCACCACCACCACCACCACCACCCUUCCCAGCACAGCACUUCACAUGUUAAUCAAAAGACCUAAGUUAACAUACCAUUUUUCAUACAAUUUAUACCGUUUCACUUCUAAGGUUCCUGCGUGUAUGUGUGUGUAUGUGUGUGUGUGUGUACCUGUGCAUGUGUACCUGUGUGUUUGUUUAUAUCCUGGUUAAUGGCAUUUGUACAUUUGUUUCUUCACACCACGAGAAAGUGUUUAGGUACGAGUGAGUGAGUGAGUCUGUGGCGGCGUGUCCGUGGGGUUACCUGGAUGGAACACACCUGUCCCUGGCGCUGGGUGGCUGGUAAGUAAGGCAAGUCAACAGGUAGCAUCUCAAGACAUUCCUCUGGUGUACGGAUGCUUGCGUUGCGUCCGAUGUUCUCUGUUCACUGCUGGAGAUGCAAACUUUUGAUUCUAUAUGAUGCACUAUUUAUGCUUCUUUGGUUACUGCCGUGUGGAGGAGGAGGAGCGGAGGAGUGGAGGAAGAGUUAGAAGGCAAAGGAGGAGGAGGAGGAGGAGGAGGAGGAGGAGUGUGAGGUAGACAAAAGGAGCCUCACUCAUGCAUUCAUCUACAUAAGGAAGUAAAUAUCAUACAGGUGCUAUAACUAGUAAAGUUCUUUCAACUCUUUAUUAUAUAAUAUAUAUUUUUUAUCUGUUUACCUUUAUUUAUAAGUUUAAUUCCAAAUAAGUUGUAUGGCUUAAUUAUAAAGAAAGAAAGCUCU